UGUCCAUAGUUUUAAGUCGUGGUCUCAUUUCCUGUUAUGGCGGCAAUGUAAACAUGUGCUUGUUAAAAAGUUAGAGCAGGAACUAGUCGCUGAUUGUUCUAAAACCGUUAUUUCUCGGCUCCGUUUAUGCAAGAUAUAUAAGGGUAAUGGUUUUCUGAAUUGUAACGGCAGUUGAAGACGAGUGUUUAGACUUUUGCGUUUAGUAUAGUACGGUAAAUCAGUAAAGAACAUGGUACAAAGCCUCUACGAAAGCAGAUCAAACCUGUUGCUGUUCCCAGUGUUUUCUUUUGGAGUUAAGGAAAAAAAUGCAAUAGUGAAAGUAGAAGCAAAAGUUUGUUUGCAAGACAUGCGAAGAUAACAACAAAUGAAAUGAAGAUAGAUAUUGAUGAAUUUGUCAACGAAGUCGAAGUAACUGCUGAAAAUGAAACUACUACUAUUGCUACAGAAAAUGAUCAAAUUGAUUUUCUUAAGACAUUUGAAUGUUCAUCUAUCCAGACGCCCCGACAGUCUAUUUUGUAUGCCAGUUGUUUUAUGUUUGAUGAUGCUGCAAUGUUAUUUUAUACAGGGCUUGCGAAUUAUGAAGAUUUUUGUUUUGUAUUGAACAGUUUAGGAGAAGCAGCAUUCCAUUUAAAUUAUUUAUAUAAUCAAGUUGAAUUGUUAAGUAUUGAAAAUCAAUUUAUGUUAACACUUGUAAAAUUAAGGCAAUACAAAACCAACUUUGAACUAAGCAGAUUGUUUGACAUAUCGGAAACCAGUGUUACAAAUAUCUGGGUUACGUGGGUAAAUUUUAUGUCGAGACAAUGGAAGGAGGUUUGUAGUUGGCCUAAAAGAGAUUUAGUGAAUUAUUUUUGCCCAUCUGAUUUUAAACUUAAAUUUCCCUCCACAAGAAUUAUUGUAGAUGGUACAGAGUGUCCUAUUAAAAAGCCAAGACCUCCAAUUGCUCAACAGUCAACAUACAGUACAUAUAAAAAUAGGAAUACAGUUAAAGUUUUAGUAGGUUGUACACCUGGGGGAUAUAUCUCUUAUGUGUCGCCAGCAUAUGGGGGGUCUGCCAGUGAUCGUCAAAUAGUUGAGCGCAGCAAUUUAAUGUAUAUGUGCAAUCGUAAAGAUUCAAUAAUGGCUGAUAAAGGUUUCAAUGUUCAAGAUUUGUUUGCUACACGUGACAUACGAAUUAACAUACCCACAUUUUUUUGUAAGAAAAAUAGGAUGAGUGGCAAAACUGUAAUAAACGACAGAAAAAUUUCCAGUAAACGUGUCCAUAUUGAGCGUAUUAUAGGACUAGCAAAAACAUUCAAAAUCCUAAAGUCACCACUUAAUAGUACGGAAACUAAGCUUGCAAGUGAUAUUAUCUAUAUUUGCUUCAUGCUUUGCAACUUCCGUAAGUGUAUUAUUUCUAAAGACGCAUAAUAUUUGAAGGCAUACAAAAUACAAACAAAUUUCAAGAUUUUUAUAUAAUGAGUUAAUGUCUCUCUUUAAUUUUAAGAUAUGAAUAUAAUACUCACAAUAUAUAAUAAUCAUAAAUAAAUAUCAUUCUGUAUUAUAUACAAAUUUAAGUUAUAGUACAUGUUAUAGUAAAUGUGAAUUGUUUGAUUAUUUUAAAAUGUACAUCUAUAUAUACAGUAUACAUAUACUUAAAUACUCGAUCACUACCUUUAAUAAAUAGUAAAUAUGAAUAUUGAAACAUUAAAAACAAAUUUGUAUGUAUUGUGACCAAAAUAACUGUAAUCAAUAUAGUACAGGUUAAAUGAAAUAUAUUUUGUUCUUUUCCUUAAUAAUAAUUAGUAUGAAAGUAAACAUAUUAAAUUCAGUCAAUUAAAUACAUUUGAUUAAAGAUACAUUAUGUAAGAUUUAGAUAAAUAGCUGGUGGUUCUUGAUAUAAUAAUACAAAUAGUUUAAACAUGGACAAUACAAAAUGAAUAUAUUGAAAAUUCCAUUCAAAUUACUUUAUUCUAAGUGAAGUUAUCAGUGUUUGUAGUUUUGACAAGAUGUGUGAAUUGAUUGUUUAUUAUCGUAGUCACUGUACUGGUUUUGUCAGACUUUGCCUUGCUUCUUCAUUAAUCAUUAAAUGGCCAAAGCGUUCUAAUUUAUUUAAAAUCAGAGCCAUCGGAUGGCAUUGGAAGUAGAUUAUGAUCUUGUCAUGUUGAUAAAUGUCUAAUUAAUAAAUUAGAUAACAUUUAAGGCCUAAAGAAAGACCUGCAAUAGGCAGAUUUAGGCAAUAUCUUUAUAAUUAUACUGUAUACAUGUAUUGAAAAGCAAAAAAACUUACUGACAAUGUUAAUUAUUGAUAGUGAUAUAUUAAAAUUAUAAAUAUGUACUAACAAUUUUAUAUUGUAUAUAGAAUAAAUUAUAUUUUACAUAAUUAGAUUAAAAUGAGUAC